GGGGCGCCGCCGGGUGGGCGGGUGUGCGCCGGGGUGGCGCCCGACCCCAGCCGCCGUCCCGACGGCCGCGCGCCGCCCCGCUCGCCGCCCGAAAACCCCAAGGCUCCGCCGAGUUCAAAGAUGUCCACAAGUGACAAAGAACCGUUUUAUGUGAAGUUUUUAAAGUCUUCCGAAAAUUCUGAAUGUUUUUUUAAAGCGCUUGAGUCAAUAAAAGAGUUCCAAUCAGAAGAAUAUCUUCAGAUUAUUUCAGAAGACGAAGCAUUGAAGAUAAAGGAAAAUGAUAGAUCACUUUAUAUCUGUGACCCUUUUAGUGGCUUUGUCUUUAAUCACCUCAAAAAGCUUGGCUGCAGGAUUGUUGGUCCUCAAGUAGUAAUAUUUUGUAUGCACCACCAGCGAUGCGUCCCAAGAGCUGAACAUCCAGUCUAUAACAUGGUUAUGUCUGAUGUAAUUAUAUCUUGUACAAGCCUUGAUAAAGAUAAAAGGGAAGAAGUUCACAAGUAUGUACAAAUGAUGGGUGGACGUGUUUACAGAGACCUUAAUAUAUCCGUAACUCACCUUAUUGCAGGAGAAGUUGGUAGCAAAAAAUAUUUAGUUGCUGCAAACCUAAAGAAACCUAUUUUACUUCCUUCUUGGAUAAAAACACUAUGGGAGAAGUCACAAGAAAAAAAAAUAGCUAGAUACACUGAUAUAAACAUGGAAGACUUCAAGUGUCCUAUUUUUCUUGGUUGCGUAAUCUGUGUGACUGGCUUGUGUAGUGUAGACAGGAAGGCAGUUCAGCAGCUCACAGUUAAGCAUGGAGGUCAAUACAUGGGACAGUUGAAAAUGAAUGAAUGUACACACCUCAUUGUACAAGAACCAAAAGGUCAAAAAUAUGAAUGUGCCAGGAGAUGGAAUGUACAUUGUGUAACCACACAAUGGUUUUUUGACAGUGUUGAAAAAGGUUUUUGUCAGGAUGAGUCUAUGUACAAGGCGGAGUCGAAACUAGAAACAAAGACUAUACCUGAAACUUCAACUCCUACUGGACAAAUCAAUGCAAUUGAUUGUCGUACUCUUUCAGAUGUCAGCCAUAUUUCCAACAUCAGUACAAGUUGCAUAAAUGAGUCAAUAUAUAAUUCAGUUCUUAAUAGUAAAGUAGAGCCUACACUUGAAAAUUUGGAAAAUCUGGAUGUCAGUGCAUUUCAAGCACCUGAAGAUUUAUUAGAUGGUUGUCGGAUAUAUCUUUGUGGUUUUAGUGGCAGAAAGCUAGAUAAACUGAGAAGACUUAUUAAUAGUGGAGGUGGAGUUCGUUUUAACCAGCUCAAUGAAGAUGUAACUCAUGUUAUUGUGGGAGACUAUGAUGAUGAAUUGAAGCAGUUUUGGGAUAAAUCAGACUACAGGCCUUAUGUUGUGGGAGCAAAAUGGUUGCUAGAAUGUUUUAGUAAAGGUUACAUGCUUCCUGAAGAGCCAUAUAUCCACGCUAACUACCUACCAGUGGAAGUUCCAGUUUCAGAUCAACCUGAAAGUAAAACAGCCCUUUUAAAAAAGCUCAGCAGCUUCUGUAAGAAAGACUUUGUUCCUAAUGAAAAGCCUGAGCAAGCUGAUGAAGAUCUGCUCUCUCAGUAUGUAAAUAAUAACUCAACAAUAGUUGAAACUGUGAAGUCUGAAGUUGAACCUCUUAGUGAUUCUACUCAUAUUUCUCUGCAAGAAGAAAAUCAAUCUUCCGUCACUACCUGCCUCCCGGACACUUCUACAGUUGCUGAAGAAGGUUUAUUUAGCCAAAAGAGUUUCCUUGUCUUGGGUUUUAGUAGUGAAAAUGAAUCUAAUGUUGUGAAUAUCAUAAGAGAAAAUGCUGGAAAGAUUGUGUCCCUUCAGAGUAGAAUUGUUGCUGAUUAUGCAGUGGUUCCUCUACUGGGUUGUGAAGUGGAAGCAACAGUGGGAGAAGUUGUUACAAAUACAUGGCUGGUAACCUGCAUAGACUAUCAGACUUUAAUUGAUCCAAAAUCAAAUCCUCUCUUCACGCCAGUCUCAGUAAUGGCAGGAAUGACUCCUUUAGAGGAGUGUGUCAUUUCAUUCAGCCAGUGUGCAGGAGCAGAAAAAGACUCUUUGACAUUCUUAGCGAAUCGCCUAGGGGCAAGUGUUCAAGAAUUCUUUGUUCGCAAAUCCAAUGCAAAGAAAGGCAUGCUUGCCAGUACACAUCUUGUAUUGAAAGAACCAGGUGGUUCUAAAUAUGAAGCUUCUAAGAAGUGGAAUUUACCAGCAGUUACCAUCGCUUGGCUCUUGGAAACUGCUAGAAUGGGAAAGAAAGCAGAUGAAAGCCAUUUUCUGAUUAAAAACUCACCUAAAGAAGAACAAAGUUUGGAAACUGAAAUAACAAACGGAAUGAAACUAAAUCAGGAUACUCCAGAGCAUCCUGUCACACAACUGGAAACUCACAGAACUGUUACACCAUUAGAUAUGAACCGUUUUCAGAGCAAGGCUUUUCAUACCGUCAUCUCACAACACAGUGGACAGGCUCCAGUCUCCCCAGCAGUGGGACAGGCCUUUCAGAAGGAGCCCUCAUUGCAUCUGGAUACACCAUCAAAAUUCCUGUCGAAGGACAAGCUCUUCAAGCCUUCCUUUGACGUGAAGGACGCACUUGCAGCCUUGGAAACUCCUGGAGGUCCAAGCCAGCGUAAAAGAAAACUGAGUACACCACUUUCAGAAGUCAUUGUCAGAAACUUGAAACUGGCUUUGGCAAAUAGCUCUAGAAAUGCUGUCACUCUUUCUGCCAGCCCUCACCUGAAGGAUGCCGAGUCAGAUAAGGAAGAAGCUCCAAAGCCACUUCACAAAGUGGUGGUAUGUGUUAGUAAAAAACUCAGUAAAAAGCAGAGUGAGCUAAAUGGGAUUGCAGCCUCCUUAGGAGCAGAUUACAGGUGGAGUUUUGAUGAAACAGUGACUCAUUUCAUCUAUCAAGGACGGCCAAAUGAUACUAAUCGAGAGUAUAAAUCUGUAAAAGAAAGAGGAGUACACAUUGUUUCAGAGCACUGGAUUUUGGAAUGUGCCCGAGAAUAUAAACAUCUUCCUGAAUCUCUCUACCCACAUACUUAUAAUCCCAAAAUGAGCUUGGAUAUUAGUGCAGUACAAGAUGGGAGACUCUGUAAUAGUCGACUCCUCUCAGCUAAUUCUACAGCAAAGGAUGAUAAGCCAGAUCAUUUGCCUGUAGAAGAAAAUAUUGAUAUAGACAAUAUGACCACCAGUAAUAAAGAAUCAACAACAUCAAGUGGAAAUGGAAACAAUGACUCUAAAGGAGCUUUGACACAGACCUUGGAGAUGAGAGAGAACAUCCAAAAGCAGCUGCAAGAGAUAAUGUCUGCAACAUCAAUAGUGAAACCCCAAGGGCAAAGGACUUCUCUUUCAAGAAGUGGUGGCAACAGUGCUUCUUCAACUCCUGACAGCACUCGCUCCGCCCGCAGCGGGAGAAGUAGAGUCCUCGAGGCACUGAGGCAGUCUCGUCAGACAGCACCUGACAUCAACACAGAACCCUCCCAGAAUGAACAGAUCAUUUGGGAUGACCCUACAGCCAGGGAAGAGCGAGCAAGGCUUGCCAGCAACCUGCAGUGGCCGUGCUGCCCUACACAGUACUCUGAGCUUCAGGUGGACAUCAGGAGACUGGAGGAUUCUCCUUUCCAGGAGCAUGGCUCAGAAAUCGAACAAGCUGUCUGUGAUCCUGUAAAGGCAAGUGUGACUGAAGCCCCAAAACACCCUAUCUCUGAAGAACCAUUAACUCCCGGAAAAGACAGCCAUCUGAUCCCUACGCCACAAGCCCCGAGUAUAGCCUUCCCCCUCGCCAACCCACCUGUGGCUCCACACCCAAAAGAAAAGAUUAUAAUAGAAGAGACACAUGAAGACUUAAAAAAACAGUACAUAUUUCAAUUGUCAUCUCUGAAUCCUCAAGAACGUAUUGAUUAUUAUCAUCUGAUUGAAAAACUAGGUGGAUUAGUGAUAGAGAAGCAGUGCUUUGAUCCCAGCUGUACUCACAUUGUUGUGGGACAUCCGCUUCGAAAUGAGAAGUACUUAGCCUCAGUGGCAGCUGGGAAGUGGGUACUUCAUCGCUCCUACCUGGAAGCAUGCAGGUCUGCUGGGCACUUUGUGCAGGAGGAAGACUAUGAAUGGGGAAGUAGUUCCAUACUUGAUGUUUUGACCGGAAUCAGUGUACAGCAACGAAGACUAGCACUGGCAGCAAUGAGAUGGAGGAAAAAAAUUCAGCAAAGACAAGAAUCUGGCAUCAUUGAGGGGGCAUUUAGUGGGUGGAAGGUUAUUUUACAUGUUGGUAAGUCCCGAGAAGCAGGUUUCAAACGCCUUCUUCAGUCAGGAGGAGCUAAGGUUCUACCUGGUCAUUCUGUAGCUUUAUUUAAAGAAGCUACACAUCUCUUUUCUGACUUUAAUAAACUGAAGCCAGAUGACUUGGGAGUUAAUAUAGCAGAAGCUGCUUCCCAGAACGUCUUCUGCUUGAAAACAGAAUACAUUGCUGAUUAUUUGAUGCAGGAAUCACCUCCUCAAGUACAAAAUUACUGCCUACCAGAAGCUGUUUCAUUUCUUCAGAAUAAGGAAACUGGGCCUGGAUUAUCACAAAAGAGGAAAGUUCCUACAGAGCAAAAUAAAAUCAAAAGACCAAGAAUACACUAAUCAUAUCUACCCCUGAGUUGCCAAACAUUAAAUACUUUUUAAAUUGAAAGCCUGAAUGUUACUGGGAUUUGUGUAGUAAUUUAAAGACAUGGACCUGAGAAUUUGUUUGAAUGUAAUGAUCUCACUGCUUGAAGUUAGUUUUUAACCUGAAGUUUUGAUCAAUGAGAUAUUAACUGUUCCUGAAUAUAAAGUUAUUUGAAAUAACAAAACAUGACUCCUCAGCUAGAAGGAGUGGUUAAAACCACAUUCAAGUGCACUAGCGGCUUUUUGUUUAUUUACUUGUAAAUAUGAGGCUUCGGCUUAUGAAGUUUUAGCAAGGUGAUGGCUUUUUACCUUGGAAGUUGUCAGUUGGGAUUUUUCAUGCUUUCCAUGACUUUCUUCUUCUCGCCAUUUUACCUCAUUUUAACAGGAGCCUGAACAAAAUUAAAUGAGGAACUUAGGCUUUAAAUGUGUGUAUAUAUGUAUAUGUAUGUUUGUAUAAAUCUGCAUGAUACUGCCAAGUUUGGGCACCAGAACUUGGAAAAUAAAAAGAAUAAAAGUAG